AUGUCUUCUCCCUUGGAUUGCUCAAAGGCUCUUUCUUACCUUUCUGAGUACGAACAUAUGGACGGAUUGUCUGUUACGGAAUUGAUGGAUUCCAAAAUCAAUGGAGGUUUGACCUAUAAUGAUUUUUUGAUCUUGCCUAGUAAAAUUGAUUUUGGUUCUCACGAGGUUUCCUUGGACUCUAAGCUUACCAAGAGGAUCAGUUUGAAAACCCCUUUCGUCUCCUCUCCUAUGGAUACUGUUACUGAGGCAGAUAUGGCCAUUAAAAUGGCUCUUUCCGGUGGUAUUGGUUUCAUCCACAAUAACUGUUCUUCCGAUGAACAAGCUGAAAUGGUUAGAAAGGUCAAGAAGUAUGAGAAUGGUUUCAUCAACGACCCGGUGGUCAUUUCCCAGGACCGCACUGUUGGUGAGGUCAAGGUUCUUGGUAAAGAAUUAGGAUUCAGUUCCUUCCCUGUUACCAGUAAUGGUAAACUGGGUGGUAAAUUGAUCGGUAUCGUCACUUCCAGAGAUACUCAGUUCCAUGAGGCUGAUCAAGAUCCAAUCUCUGAGAUCAUGACAACAGAACUGAUCACGGCUAGAAAUGGUAUCUCUUUGAAAGAAGGUAACCGUAUCUUGCAGAAGUCCAAGAAGGGUAAAUUACCUAUUGUGGAUGAUAAGUUUAACUUUGUUUCGAUGCUUUCUCUCACUGAUUUGCAGAAAAAUCACGAUUAUCCAUACGCUUCGAAGUCUCCUCAUGCUAAGCAGUUGCUUUGUGGUGCCGCCAUUAGUACUUUGAGAUCCGAUAGAGAACGUCUUACAAAGCUGGUUGCUGCUGGCUUGGAUGUUGUUGUGUUGGACUCUUCUCAGGGUAAUUCGACUUUCCAGCUGGAAAUGCUUAAGUGGGCAAAGGAGACUUACCCGGAGUUGGAGGUUGUCGCUGGUAACGUUGUGUGCAGAGAGCAAGCUGCUGAAUUGAUCGCCGCCGGGGCUGAUGCUUUGAGAAUUGGUAUGGGUUCUGGAUCCAUUUGUAUUACACAAGAAGUGAUGGCCUGUGGUAGACCACAGGCUACCGCAGUGUACAACGUCUGUGAGUUCGCCAAAAAAUUCGGUGUGCCAUGUAUGGCCGAUGGUGGUAUUCAGAACAUCGGACACAUCAUCAAGGCUAUUGCAUUAGGUGCCACCACUGUUAUGAUGGGAGGCCUUUUGGCAGGUACCACUGAAGCUCCAGGUAAUUACUUCUAUAGAGACGGCAAGAGAUUAAAGGUUUAUCGUGGUAUGGGAUCUAUCGAUGCUAUGCAGCAGACUGAUAGCAAUGCUAAUGCCUCUACUUCCAGAUACUUCUCUCAGGACGACAAAGUUUUGGUUGCCCAAGGUGUUUCCGGUUCCGUCGAAGAUAAGGGAUCUAUUGUCAAGUUCAUUCCUUACUUGUUCAAUGGCAUGCAGCACUCUUGCCAGGAUGUUGGUGUCAAGUCUUUGACUGCAUUGAUCGACGAGACUGCUAACGGUAAAGUGAGAUUCGAGUUCAGAACUCCUUCUGCCCAGUUCGAAGGUGGUGUUCACAACUUGUACUCUUACGAAAAGAGAUUGCACAACUGA